UGUAGAUAGAACAUUUCCCUUGACCCUCUCCUCAACACAUGCACACACACCAGGUUAGCAGUUUACCUGUGUAAAUCUGCAGGUGGUAAUAGUGACGGUGAAAGGAGUGACGAAGGAGCCUAAUCUGGCUAGCUUUCUGUUUGCCUGUCUUGCAAAUGGUCCAGCAACAGGUGUUUUCUUAAAAAAAAAAAAAAAAGCAUGAACUUGGAUUGAGGCUUGACUUCGAGGUCUUGCAAAAUAUAACUGCUCCUUGUUGACUUGGAAGAUGCUGGAUGUGGGGCUCUUCAAUGGGGGUUUGGAUUUUGUCUUUAGAGCUGGAUUUUGCAACGAAUAGUGCCCUUGAUUGCGUCUGCGAGAGGUCUCUGGCCACUUCAAUGGUAUUUACUCUUGUCAGACAUUUCAUCAGUCCAGCGGAGGGGCAGCAAAACAUGAAUCCUGUUGGCUAAAAGACUGUACACUAUUCAAACCAUAGUAGGUUGUGAGUGGCUAAAUGAGUUUUGAUUAUAGAGUUUCUUCGAGAAAUUGGCUUCAUCAAAUUCUGCUUUAUUCUGACUUUAUCAGAUACAGCAUGCCUUGUUUUAGUGGGUUCUUGCGUGGAGCUUAAGUUUAUUAUACCUGAAUCUCCUACCAUUUAAAAGCCAAUUUAUAAACAGGGACUUGGAGUGUGACUCCACUAAUGUGUGUCUGUGAUCCUGGUUAGAAACCCACUUGGCUGCCCUUCCUCAGGAGGUGGGGGUUGGGGGAAGGGAGCUGCCGGGAAGUGAUUGAUAAGGUUUCCUUUAUGGAUUCUGUGGUGCUUCACUGGAGCUCAGAGCACUUUGGCAACUUAAGCACUCCAAAUUAAAAGCUCAUUAACAAUUCCUGCCCAAAGAUCCUGCAAAUAAUCAGCUAGCUAGGUCAUAGAGUUUGGCUAAGAGCUCUUCUUCCAACUUGAAAUUUUCAAAUAAAAGUGCUUUUAUUCCCUUUCAUUUCGAAAGUGUUUUCUUUGUGUUGGGAUAAAUUGGUGAGUGGCCUUUUCCCAGGGGAUCUGAGUAGAAGAAAGGCUUAAAUGUGUGGAAUAGUAGACAGGAAUAUAUUGGUUCCAACCCCAGGUGUUUCUUUAUGGAAAAGAUAUUACUAACAGGGGCAUCUCUGCAACUUUUAGUCCUUUUGAGAAUAUGAAUUAGUUGAAAAGCAUGAUAGGUAUGUGUUGAUGUUUCACUUGGAAUUUAGUUACCUUGACUUACAGCUUGAGGCAGGCUUGGAAGUAUCCUGAAAGUGUUUCCUCAUCUAUGUGGCCAUUUGCAGUAUGGCUUGUGGAUUUGUGGCAACCAACUCCUCCCCUAAUCCUGGCCCAGCCUUAGUUCCUUAGUUCUGAAGACUGUCAGCUUUACCAGUGUCUUCCUCCUUGUCUAGACUAGGAUUCUGAAAUCACCCAAAGAGGCACCACUUGGUGACUAUCUUUCUCAGUCCAAGCUCAGAUAUGGUAAAUUUUAGUGUUUCUAGGAGGUGAACUUCCGUAGGAGGAAAAAUAUAUGACCAGAGAACAUGAAAAUCCUUAUAAAUGUAGCUCUAAUACCUUCUGAAAGCUCUGCGGGGUCACUGUCUUUCCACAUAGGUAGCUGUUAUCCCAAAGUUUGAGUUUAGAGUUUGAGGUGUAGUAUCCUUCAUGGGGAUCUGAUGCUUUGUAUUGAAAUAGACUUGUUGCAGAGAUGUGUAUUUAUCCACAGCAUUGGGGCUUUCCAGCUUUCACAGAGCCUUCAGCAUCCCCAGCUGCCGGUCUUGGGAUCUUCGAAGUAAGAAGAGGAAAUCAUUGAGUUCCCCAUCCUGAAGCUAAAUGGCCGGACCAUGGAGAUUGAGUCUACCUUUCACAUGUAUGUCCAGCCUGUAGUCCACCCACAGCUUACCCCCUUCUGUACAGAGCUCACCGGAAUUAUUCAAGCCAUGGUGGAUGGUCAGCCAAGCCUGCAGCAAGUGCUGGAGAGGGUCGAUGAGUGGAUGGCGAAGGAAGGCCUCUUAGAUCCAAACGUCAAGUCAAUUUUUGUCACCUGUGGAGACUGGGACUUAAAAGUCAUGCUCCCAGGCCAGUGCCAGUACCUGGGCUUACCAGUGGCGGAUUACUUCAAGCAGUGGAUUAAUCUGAAAAAGGCUUACAGCUUCGCCAUGGGCUGCUGGCCCAAGAAUGGACUUCUAGACAUGAACAAGGGCCUCAGCCUGCAACACAUAGGCCGGCCCCACAGCGGCAUUGACGACUGCAAGAACAUUGCCAACAUCAUGAAGACACUCGCCUACCGAGGCUUCAUCUUCAAGCAGACAUCGAAGCCGUUCUGAUCAGCCAAGGACAGGAUGGGGCAGGACAGGGUAGCUGUUUGGCCCAGCCCAGAAUCAUCCUCUCCCUCACCAGAGGGGAAGAGGGAGAGUGGCAUAGCUCUGCGUCCAGAGUGUCCCCCAGCUGCCCUUUGGGCUUGUGCCCUUGGCAAGGGCUUGGCCACUUGGCCCUUCUGGAGCAGACACUUUGUGACCCCCAUCCCCACCCCUCGAUCUCAGCCCAGUAUCAGCCCCUCCCAUUGUGGGCCUGGGCUAGGGGGACCCAGGCACUCACCGCCUCCUCCCUGGUACACAGGCUUCUGUGGGGCCACCAAGCCCCCCCUGUGCCCCCUCCCAUCCAUAGUGCAUGGUGUGUGGUGCCCCCAGGGCUCCAGGACAGAUCAGGCCCCACCUUGUGUCUACCCCCAUCCCCGCUGUGAACGUGCCACUGAAUAAAGUCGGGGAAACGAGGCA